UUUAAUAAUAAUAUGUUGGUUGGGUUUAUAAAAUUCUUAUGUAUUACUUGACACUUUUAUUAAUUCAUUUAUUUUUUAAACUUUUUUAAUUAUUACUAACAUUUUUAAUGAUUGACGUGGAUAAAAUUUCAAUAAUUUAGUUAUAUAUAAUGAUCAAUUAUAUCAUUAUGAAAGCUGAAAUAACAAAAAAUACUAUAAUUUUUUAAUAUUUUAACUACGUAUUGUUUAAAUCUACUUGAGACCAAUCUAAGUUAAGACUUAGCAUUUUAUUUUUUUAAUAUAAGAUGAGUUUUAAUCGUCGGCCUAACCAAGCACAAUUAUAUGAAGCUUUACAUAAAAAAAGAGCAGCUGAAUAUGAAGCUAAAGAACAAUGGGCAGGUAUUACUCAAUAUUUUAAGACUUGGCAAAAUAAAUCUAACAAAUUCAGUACAUGGACAUCACCAGCAUAUUACCAAAAGAGUUUAGAGUUACAAUUAGAGAUUAAAAAACAAGAGCAAAAAAAAAUUGAUGAUGAAAUAAAGGAACAGAAAAAAUGGGAAAAAAAAAUUCAGGAUAGACAGCAACAAGAUGAAGAAUUUAAGAAAGAACAAAUGAAAAAAAAACCUAUUUGCCUAUCAAAACCACAUUCUUCAAUACAAAAAAUUCCAAAUGAAGAUAUGGCUAAAGAGUUGCAUCUUAAACAAGAUGCAAUAAAAAGUAGAGAAAUGGAAUUAAAACAAUACGCCCAGAUAAAUAAAUGUAAUACUGUAUCUAAAGAGAAUGAAAAUAGAAUACUUCAGUGUUCAUCAAAAUCUGCAUGGGAUGAUCAAAUACAAAAAAAAUUGCUCGCAAGGCAAAAAGAACAAGAAAAAUUACUUACCAAACAACAACAAUUUCAUGAAGAAUUAAUUAAAGAACGACUAGAAGAAGAAAAAAAUCAUCAAAAUAGACAAAAUUUAAUGUCACAAAUUAAGAAUGAUCUUGUAGAUAAAGUUGCUGAACUCCAAGUGAGUUCUGUUUGUUAUGAAGAGUUAAAAAAAAAAGAAGAUGCAUAUAUAAAUUUUCAAAAAAAGUUUGAAAAUAUAAAACAAGAGAGAAUUAUUCAAGAAGAACAUAUUUUAGAAAACAGAAUGAGGACAAAAUUAACUAAACAGUAUCAAACAGAGUUAAAACAUAAGUCAAAAAAAAUGCUACAGUAUAUGCAAGAAGAUAGUAAAUUCUUAAUAAAUCUUAUUGAUCUGAUUUCUAUCUCAAAUAUUGGUAUAGUAGUAGAUGAAAAAAUAAAAAAAAUUCAAGAAAUUCUUAAACAAUAUGAAAAUAAAGAAUCACAUAAGUUACACUUUAUGGGUUUUUUGUUUGAAGAGGAAGCACGAAAUAUGUGGAAUUCGCAACAAGAACACUGGGAAAAAGAGUAUGAAAUAAGGAAAACUGAAAUUGAUUGCUUACUUAAAGAUAUUGCUGUACAAUUAGAUGAUAAAAUUAAAAAAUGUUUGGAUGAGCAACGUAUUUUAAUUGAAGAAAGAGAAAAUAUUUUAAAAAUUAUAAAUGAUGGUAAUAAUGAUUUGAAAAAAAUGGAAAUAGAAUCUAAACAAUUCCAUAAAUUAUACCCAAAUUUCUACAAUCAGAUACAGAAGUGCAAUGGUGAAAACCAGAAUGGGUCUGGGAUUGAACUUAUAGAUAAUGAGCAACUCAAUUUGGGUAUAACUCAAUUAAAUCUACUUAAUGAUAAACCAACUGAUUAUAGAAGAAAAAGAGCAAUUUGGUAAUUGUUCAUUUUUAUUUUAGUCCAUUUUACAUUAAAUUAAAAAGUUAAAUGAUCAUAAAUUAGUGAUCGAGAAAUAUAUUCUUUUGAGUUAUUAAUAAAUUUUGUUGAAAUUUUUUGAUAAAGAUAAAUAUAAUUUUUUUUAAUAAUGUUUUACUAUGGAUAUUAUGCUUUACAUUUUGUGUAAAAUCAUAUAAUUUAAAUAUACAUUGAAAUUUAUGGUAUAUAACUGAAAA